AUGUCUUCGCUGUCAGACUCCACCUUGCGCAAAAAGAUAGGACAACUGUUUGCCGUCGGUUUCCAUGGUCUUACGCCGAGCUCUGAAAUCAAGACUUUGAUCAGAGAGUAUGGCCUCGGAGCCAUUGUCUUAUUCAAGCGCAACAUCCAGGAUGCUGCGCAGCUACAGGUACUUUUUCUUUCUACGUUCUAUCUGACUCCCAUUGAAGAAGCCAAGAACGCGGGCCACGAGCACCCUUUGUUCAUUGGAAUUGAUCAAGAGAAUGGACUGGUCACGCGAAUCACGCCGCCGAUUGCAGCCCAGCAACCAGGCCAGAUGGCCCUUGGCGCCACGCAGUCUAUCGAGAACGCGUAUGAAGUCGGGAAGUCUACGGGGGAGAUGCUCAGCUUCUUCGGUGUUAACAUGAACUAUGCGCCGGACUGCGAUAUCAAUUCCGAGCCCCUGAAUCCCGUAAUUGGCGUCCGUAGUCCAGGGGAUGAUCCGAGUUUGGUCGGUCGCAUUUCACUUGCAACAGCCAGUGGGCUUCGGGAUAGCGGCGUUGUGCCUACGGUGAAGCAUUUCCCGGGCCACGGAGAUACGGCUGUUGAUUCUCACCAUGGACUUCCAGUUAUUGCCAAGUCGCGGAGCGAGCUUGAAAGAUGUGAACUGAUUCCUUUCAGGCGUGCAGUGGCGCAUGGUAUUGAGGCCGUGAUGACAGCCCAUAUCGCUCUGCCGAAGAUUAAUAGUAGUCUCGAAUUAAAAGGUUUGCCGGCAACGCUUUCUGCGGAUGCACUAGGUAUUCUGCGGAAUGAUAUGAAAUAUGAUGGAGUAAUCAUCACUGACUGCUUGGAGAUGGACGGCAUUCGUGCAACGUAUGGCACUGUCGAGGGUUCUCUGAUGUCCCUGAAAGCAGGCAGUGAUAGCGUGAUGAUUUGCCACACUUAUGACGUGCAAGUCAAGUCCAUUGAGAGAGUCAUGCAAGCAGUAAAAUUCGGCGACCUAUCGCAGUCAAGAAUUGAUGAGGCCUUUCGUCGGGUCAAAGCUCUCAAACAGAAAUUCCUCACCUGGGAGCAUGCAUUGCGCACAACAACGGCAGAUCUGUCACUGACAAAUCUAGCUACUAUGAAUGAGAGACAUGAAAAUUGUGCAAAGAAGGUUUACUCCAAAUCUACCACAGUCGUGAGAAACGAUUUGAAUACCCUGCCAAUCUCACCGGGCACUUCUAAAGUGCUCCUACUUACUCCGGGUGGGAGAGUCCCUGUCGGAGGAGCUGUUGACGAGAGCGGAUCCAAACACCGGACAUAUCUCGAUGUACUGAAAGAAAAUACCGGAGACAAAACAUCUUCAUCCGUGACUGAAAUACUCUAUCCAGAUACGGGAUUCCUAUCAGACGAGCACUGGCAGGUUAUCAAGGAAGAGGCCGACAUAGUCAUCCUAGCCACUAGAAACGCGAAAGAAGCAAAAGAACAGCGAAAAUUGGCCCUGCAGCUGGUCAAGACCCGGCAUGACCUGAUCGUGAUUGCUGCUUGCAAUCCAUAUGAUUUUCUCGAUGACGUAGACUUAUUCAAAACUUAUAUUGCGAUCUAUGAGCCUACCGUGGAAGCAUUCGCAUCUGCUGUUGAUAUCAUAUAUGGAAAAGCAACUUCCAAGGGGAAAUUGCCAGUUGCAUCGAAAUCGGACCUGAAGCCAAACGACAAUUACGAGAUCAAAGCUUAUAAUCCGUCCGAAAAGGAUGCCAUGAUCGAAGGCAUCACGAAGGUGUGGAAGGCGGCUCUUCCAGACUACAAGCUGCAGAAGGAGGAUCUGGCGAAGGUGAUUGACCAGUCGCAUGGACAGCAUUUUAUCGCCCAAGAAAAAAGAGAAAAUGGAGGCACCAUUGUCGGAUUCAUCUUGGCAUACAAAGCAGUCAAGCGCGGGAAACAAUCAGCACACAUUGCUGCCCUCGCUGUCGACCCCGCAAAGCAGGGUAAAGGAAUUGGCAGUAAACUCCUAGCCGACGCACGAGAAUACCUCUACGAACAGCACGGGAUCAAGAAUGUGCCACUGCGAAGCUAUUUCCCCCGUUUCUGGCCCGGACUACCGGCUGACUUGCCGCGUGCAACGCGACAGUUCUUCGUCAAUCGCGGAUAUCGACUGACUGAUAGCAAUGGUGGGAGCAUAGCUAGAUUAGAUGUGAAGCUGAGCGCAGAUCUUUACCAGGAUAUCAGGAACUUCAAGUCGCCGCAGAGAUACCUCGAAAGAGCAGCAGCGGCUAAAGUUACUUACAAGGCUAUUACACCGGAGACUUUUGCGGACUGUCUAUCUGGGCAGAAAAGAAAUUUCACCCAUUACACGGGCUGGGUCGAGACGUACAUUGCGCUCAAUCCCGAGGACCACCCGUUCGGCAUCAUGGCGGCAUUUGACGAGAACCACGGAUCCCAAAUCGGAUGGACGCUAAUGCUAUCUCCAGAAGACGACUAUGUAGCUCGAAACUGGGCGUUUCCGCCACUGGCAGGAGGUGGGAAGCAUCUGCUCAAGACGGGUGUUAUCGGGUGUGUGGGCGUGGACGAAGCGCAUCGUGGCCGUGGUGUAGGUCUUGCGAUGCUGUGUCAUGCUAUUGAAGAUAUGCGACGGAGGGGUGUGGAAGCGGUUUUUAUUGAUUCUACGAAUAAGGUGGAUUGGUAUGCGAAGGUGGGCUUUUCAAAGUGGAAGGAAUACUUUGUGGCUGAGAUUUGA